AUGGGUCGAUUGAAGCUGUUCGACGACGACGGAGACUUCCCGGACGAUGAUGUAUCGAAGAUCGAGAUCAACCACGAGUUCGCCAAGCGGUACGAGCACAACAAGAAGCGCGAGGAGUUGCAGAGAUACGAGGAGCUCAAGAAGCAAGGCCGAGUUGACUCGUCGGAAUCGGAUUCCGAUGAUUCCUCAGAAGAGGAGCUGAUGAGGCCGAGCAAAAAAACCGAUUCCAAGUUCCUCGACGCCCUAAUCAAGGUGAAGAAACAGGACCCUGUUCUGAGGGACAAGGACGCAAAGCUGUUCGACUCAGAUUCAGAUUCAGAUGACGAUGAAGGUUUUGAAAUUGCGAGCGAAGAAAACGAGGAGAAGAAGAAAAAGAAGAAGGAUAAGCCGAUGUACUUGAAAAAUGUUGUUGCUCAGCAUUUGAUCGAGGAGGGCGCGGAUUUUGACAGUGAUGAUGAGGAUGAAGAUCAGGACCAGAAAAGGUUGAAGAGUUAUUCCGAGGAGCAGGAGGAGCUAAGGAAGGAGUUUCUGAAAGCGGUGGAGGAGGAAGAAAACGACGAUGGGGAGGAUUUUCUGACGCUGAAGAAAAGCGGGGCCAAAGAAGAAGAAGAUGAAGAUGAUGGUGACGAUGAAAUUAAGGGUAAACUGGAUGAGUAUUUCGGGGAGGAUGAGAAGCUGGACGAAGAUAGCAUGUUCCUGAAGAACUACCUGCGGAACAGAAUGUGGAUAGACGAAGGGAAAAGCAAACCCUCUGUGGAUGAUGAUGAUGACAUAGAAUACUCGGAGGACGAGGAGGAAAUCGAGAGGCAGGAAGAUUAUGAGCGGAGCUAUAAUUUCAGGUAUGAGGAGAACGCAGGUGAUCGUAUCCUGGGCCACUCGAGGAAAAUCGAAGGGUCUGUGAGGAAGAAGGAUAAUGCAAGAAAGUCUCAAAGGGAGAGGAAAGAGGAGAGAAUGGCGCAGGCCGAGUUCGAGCGCAAGGAGGAGCUCAAGAGGCUGAAGAAUCUGAAGAAAAAAGAAAUUAAGGGGAAAUUGGAGAAAAUUCGGGAGGUGGCUGGUAUCGGGAAAGAAGAGGGUGUCUUUCUCGAUGAGGAUGACUUGGAGGAAGAAUUCGACCCUGCAGCUUAUGAUCAGAAAAUGAAGGAGGCGUUUGGGGACGAUUAUUAUGAUGCCGAGGAUGCCGACCCGGGAUUUGGGAGUGAAAACGAUGAGGAUGCCGAGAUCGAAAAACCCGAUUUUGACAAGGAGGAUGAACUGCUCGGGCUCCCGAAGGGAUGGGAUGAGGCAGGUGGGUCCCGCGAAGGGUUUUUAUCGGCCAGGGAGGAAUUCUUGAAAAAGAAAGGGGACAUGAUCAGUGAAAAUGGGGAUGCUGAAGAGGAUGUUGGGCCCAGUGACGGUAAACGAAAGAGAAAGCGUAAAAUGAGUGAUGUGGAGAAGGCGGUUCGGGAGCAGUUGAUGGAGGAGUACUACAAGCUGGAUUAUGAGGACACGAUAGGGGACCUUAAGACGAGAUUCAAGUACAGGCCCGUCAAGGCCCGGAGAUUUGGGCUGAACCCAGUGGAAAUCCUUACAACGGAUGACAAGGAGCUGAAUCAGUACGUCUCGUUGAAGAAGAUAGCUCCAUACAGGGAGAAAGAAUGGAAGGUGCCCAGGAUUAAAACUAUCCAGCUGAAACAGAAAAAGAUGAGCGAGGUUAAGGACAGGGCAGAAAAUGAUGGUAAGGAAAUAGUUAGCAAAGGGGAAAAGGGUGCGUCGAAAGGUGAUGAGGGUGGUUUAUCCAAGAGUAGUAAAAGGAGGCAUCGUCAAGCUAAGAUGAAGCUGUCCCAUAGAAGGCGUUUGGCGUAUGGAAAAAUCUAA